CUGCGCAAUGCCCCACGCUGCUGGGACGUCAUCCAGCCCCUGCUCUGCGCCGUCUACAUGCCCAAGUGCGAGGAUGGGCAGGUGGAGCUGCCCAGCCAGACCCUGUGCCAGGCCACCCGGACUCCCUGCAUCAUCGUGGAGCGCGAGCGCGGCUGGCCCGACUUCCUCAAGUGCACCACCGACCGCUUCCCCGAGGGCUGCCCGAACGAGGUGCAGAACAUCAAGUUCAACAGCUCGGGGCAGUGCGAGGCGCCGCUGGUGAGGACGGACAACCCCAAGAGCUGGUACGAGGACGUGGAGGGCUGCGGCAUCCAGUGCCAGAACCCGCUCUUCACCGAGAAGGAGCACCGCGAGAUGCACGUCUACAUCGCCGCCUUCAGCUCCGUCACCAUCUUCUGCACCUUCUUCACCCUGGCCACGUUUGUCGCUGACUGGAGGAACUCCAACCGCUACCCCGCCGUCAUCCUGUUCUACGUCAACGCCUGCUUCUUCGUGGGCAGCAUCGGGUGGCUGGCGCAGUUCAUGGACGGCGCCCGCGAGGAGAUCGUGUGCCGGGCCGACGGCACCAUGAGGCUGGGCGAGCCCACCUCCAACGAGACGCUGUCCUGCGUCAUCAUCUUCGUCAUCGUCUACUACUCGCUGAUGUCGGGUGUCAUCUGGUUCGUCAUGCUCACCUACGCCUGGCACACCUCCUUCAAAGCCCUGGGCACCACCUACCAGCCGCUGCUGGGCAAGACCUCCUACUUCCACCUCAUCACCUGGUCCAUCCCCUUCGUGCUCACCGUGGCCAUCCUGGCCGUGGCGCAGGUGGAUGGUGACUCUGUCAGCGGCAUCUGCUUCGUGGGCUACAAGAAUUACCGCUACCGAGCCGGCUUCGUGCUGGCCCCCAUCGGGCUGGUGCUCAUCGUGGGUGGCUAUUUCCUCAUCCGGGGGGUCAUGACGCUCUUCUCCAUCAAGAGCAACCACCCCGGGCUGCUGAGCGAGAAGGCGGCCAGCAAGAUCAACGAGACCAUGCUGCGCCUGGGCAUCUUCGGCUUCUUGGCCUUUGGCUUCGUCUUCAUCACCUUUGGCUGCCACUUCUACGACUUCUUCAACCAGGCCGAGUGGGAGCGCAGCUUCCGGGAGUACGUCCUGUGCGAGGCCAACGUGACCAUCGCCACACAGACCAACAAGCCCAUCCCGGACUGCGAGAUCAAGAACCGGCCCAGCCUCCUGGUGGAGAAGAUCAACCUCUUCGCCAUGUUCGGCACUGGCGUCUCCAUGAGCACCUGGGUCUGGACCAAGGCCACCCUGCUCAUCUGGAAGCGCACCUGGUGCAGGCUGACGGGGCAGAGCGAUGACCAGCCCAAGAGGAUCAAGAAGAGCAAGAUGAUCGCCAAGGCCUUCUCCAAGCGCAAGGAGCUGCUGCGCGACCCGGGCCGGGAGCUGUCCUUCAGCCUGCACACCGUGUCCCACGACGGCCCCGUGGCCGGUUUGGCCUUCAACAUCAACGAGCCGUCGGCCGACGUGUCCUCGGCGUGGGCCCAGCACGUCACCAAGAUGGUGGCCAGGAGAGGGGCGAUCCUGCCCCAGGACAUCUCCGUGACGCCUGUGGCGACACCUGUGCCACCAGAGGAGAGAGCCAACCUGUGGGUGGUGGAGGCCGACGUGUCCCCGGAGCUGCAGAAGCGCGGCGGCCACAAGAAGAAGCGGAGGAAGAAGAAGAAGAAGAAGGAGGUGAACCCAGACCCCGAGCGCUGCCUGGGGGUCUCCUCCGUCCCUCGCCUGCCUCGCCUGCCCCCCCAGCCCUGCCUGGUGGCUUUUACCCCCGAUGUCCAGCCCGACGCCGCCUUCCCCGGGCAGAGCCGCAGAGCCGAGGUCUUGCACGUGAUCAGCAACCCCUUCUGCCCCGAGAGCGGCGCUGAGGAGAGCCCCGGGCGCUGGCAGCACAACGGGGGCUCCCCGUGGCCACCCCAGCCCUGGCCAGGGCCAGCCAGGACUCAGGGCCGCCGGGCAGGGCUGGCCCCCAUCCACUCCCGGACCAACCUGGUGGACGCGGAGCUGCUGGAGCCCGACUCGGACUUCUGACACCGGCGGGAUUUGUGGGGACAGCGGGGCUGAGACCCGAAGGUGAGGGGACACGCCAGGAUCCGCCCGAUCCCGUCGGGAUCCAUCCCAAAUAUUCCAUCAGCCUGAGCACAUCCCCAUUUCUCCCUUUUGGAGGAUUCAUCUCCGUGCACUUCCCAGCCCACAGAGGGUUUGGGAUUCCCUCCGGAAUCACCGGGAGAAAGGAGCUGUCGGUGGAACAAUCCCCCAGGGAUUUAAGGAGCAGGGGGACGUUUGGGGACAGCCUAGAUCAGGGUAGAUUUGGGGCAGCUCUGCCCCACACACAGCUAGAGGUACGUAGAGCUCACCCCCCACUUGUGCCAAUAGCGAAUUUUGAAAAAUUCCUGAUAUUUUUUUAACGUUUCUAUGGCGAUGCCUCUGCUCGGGGUGAGCCCAGGCAGCAGCACCAGCACCCCUGGUGUGUUCCCCUAUUUUGGGAUCACCCCAAAUCCCUUCCCACACCCCAAAGUGCCUUCCAGCUCCCCCAAAUCAGGAUUAGUGGGGUGGCAGCACCAGGGAGAUGGGACACCCCAAAAAAACCUCGAGGUGAAGCAGGGUCAGCAACCCCCCCCUCCCCUCCCCAGAGCAAAGCUUUUUAUUAUUUUUUUAGGAUAAAAUAAAAUAAAAAUAAAAUAAAAAUCGAGUCACAGCAAACCCAGCCGAGCCCUGAGGCAGGAGGGCUCCAAUCCCUGCUGGUGUUUGGAUUUUCCCUGUUUUUAUUAAGUCCUGGUAGACUCCUGGCUUUUAUUUUUAUUUUUUAUUUUUCAUUUUUCUUGCUAUCCCAGUCACCUCCACGGGUUCAUUUUUGCUGUGUAAAAGAAAAAAAAAAAAAACAAAACUCCUGUAUCAGUAUUAAAUUUACAGAUUUUCAAUCCCA